GUCUCGGUGCGACGUAUUGUUGUUAAGUUUACACUGACGAAGUUCACAAUGUCCGCCACUUCCGGGCAGUCUCCGUCCGGCGCGUAGCAACCACGGCGGAGAAUCGUGCUCCGUGCCCGGCGCACCUGAAGUAGCCUCAGCCGUUAGCCUGCUAGCGGUGACGCAGCGCGGCUGGUUGCCCCGUGGCCAUGGAGCGCGAGGAGCCCCCCCGCGAGGAGCCCGCUCCCCGGGCCGACAGCAGCGGUGCUGCUGCCGCACAAUGGCGCAACUGGAGUGGAUUUUGGCUCCUUGGAUUGUGUAACAACUUUGCCUACGUGGUAAUGCUGAGCGCCGCUCACGACAUCCUCAACCAGCAAGAGUCCAGAAACACCCCGGAUCCCACUUCAGCAACGUUGGCUGUGGAAUUCCAAGGAGGAAACCGUAGCAACAGCAGCCGCUACGACUGCAACCCCGUCUCCACGGCGGCUGUGCUGUUAGCCGACAUCCUCCCAACGCUCGCCAUCAAGUUGUCAGCUCCCUUUGUGAUCCACAAACUGCCUUAUGGUUUCCGAGUGUUGUUCUGCGCCUUCAUGGCCGCAGGCAGCUUCCUCCUCGUGUCCUUCUCCUCGGCCGUGUGGAUGAGCAUUCUGGGUGUGAUCUUUGCGAGCGUCGGCGCCGGCCUGGGCGAGCUGACCUUCCUCUCUCUCACCGUGUACUUCAGCAGGGAUGUACUGGGAGGUUGGGGCUCCGGCACUGGCGGCGCCGGUGUGGGUGGAGCCCUCCUCUACUCGGGCCUCACCCAGGCGGGCCUGUCUCCCCAGGUCACGCUUCUCAGCAUGCUGGUGGUGCCGGUCGUCAUGUGUCUGAGCUAUUUCUUCCUGCUGGAUCUCCCCCCUUCAUUACCUCAGUGGAGAUGCGCGGAGACGGAGUACAGGGCGGUGGGCUCCGAGGACAGACGGGCGCUGAUGGACGGAUCGGAGGAAGAGGAGCAGGAGAAGUCAACGCCAGCAGAGGUGAUGACGGCCGGACCGCUGACCUUCACAGAGAAGCUUUGUGUCGUCAAAGGCCUGCUGUGGUUCGUGUUGCCUCUUGGACUGGUCUACUUCGCAGAGUACUUCAUCAACCAGGGCCUGAUGGAGCUCCUGUACUUCCCCAAACUGUUCCUGUCCCACGCGCAGCAGUAUCGCUGGUACCAGACGCUGUACCAGGUCGGUGUGCUGGUGUCUCGGUCGUCCCUGUGCUGUGUGAAGAUCAGGAAUCUGUGGACUCUCUCUCUGCUUCAGGUGGUGAACGCUGUGCUGCUGCUGUUGGCUGUGCGCUUCCAGUUCCUGCCCAGUGCCUGGGUGGUGUUCGCCAUCGUCCUCUACGAGGGCCUGCUGGGCGGAGCGGCGUAUGUCAACACCUUCUACUUCAUCAGCAAAGAGACCGGAGACAGACACAGGGAGUUCGCCAUGGCCGCUGCCAGCGUCGGGGACAGUCUGGGCAUCGCCGCGGCCGGACUCGCCGCUUUCCCCGUCCACAGAUACUUCUGCUCCCUGUGACCCCAGCAGGGGACGCGACGUCUUCUGUUUACAUGAGGAAACCUUUUCCUGCAAUAUGACGAGUUUUCAACGGUAAAAGUGUCCUUAAGAUUUUGCAGGUUGUUCAGAGAAACGGAGCGUUGAUUUGUUUUACGGUGUUUCUGAAUAAUGGAACAGAAUGAAGCUUUUUAUUUAUUUAUUUUUUAAAUAACAACAAAUGUUUCUAGAUCAUAUAGUUUGAGGACACAACUUGUACUAAUCUUCUUUUUGAUUUGAUUGUUGUAUUACUGACCUCGCUUGUUAUUAUUUACCUUUAACACUGAGUGUUUACCACUCGCUGCCUUCACACAAAGGUGCACUCUGCUACACAGCAACCCUUCACGUCACAUCUGAUCUCUGUUAUGCUGUUAUUACAUUUCGAUGUCUGCUCACAAACAAAGAGAACUCACUGUCGUCGCCCCGUCACAUUGAUUUUUGGCUAAACAGUGGACAUGAAGGUUUCCUCUCCCGACAGACGACUCGCAGGUUAGAAGAUGAAAAGGUUCAUAGUGUCUCGGGUUAUUGCUGACCUACAUGCGUUUAUUAUUUAGUUUACUGGAGAUAAGAAACAUUGUUUAUGUGGAUUAGCAUUUCAUAUCUUAUUAAGUGUAACACUGUGGGAGGCAGGACGACACCUCGAGCUGCAUUAAUGUACAUGAAUGUCAGCGAGGAGGAUGCAUCUCAGGGUAUGCCUGUCAGCAUUGAUAGUUUUUUGGUGAUUUUUAUCUUAUUUCUCACCCCGGUGGUUGGAUUGCAAUGAAUCACAAGCACACUGAAAAUGGUAUCGUUGUUUUCCCUCUUUAUUAUUUAAUCCAUCGAGUGACUGCCUGAAAAACCCUGCUCUUAUUUUCUUUAGAAUUUCCGCUCCUCCCUUCGCCCAGCCCAUAAUACAACCCAACGCACACACAAAGCAAGAAAUGUAAAUGUGCCUGAAUAAAAAAAAAAAGAAAUAAAAUAUGAAUAUUCACAUAUUUUUUGUAGUCACGGAUGCUGUAACACAACUUGACGUAUGUGUCGGCUGGACGCCGACACAUACGUCACUUGCUUAGAUAGCAGCUGUAGACCAAAAGUGUUUUACGUUUUUGCAGUCCCGUAUCAUAUCCAACUAAAGAUUUAUGAUUUUGAUAAUUAUAUUUUCAGGAGUAGACAAAUUCACUGAUGCGUGUAAACAUUCCAGAGCCGCUGAGCACUAACCUCACGUUUGGCUUCAUGGAGUUGAUUUAUGGGAAGAGAAUUUAAUUUCCACGGAACUCUAUUAACUUAUUAAUACUCCCCCAAAACAUUUUUGCACGAGGUUUGCUCACAAGAAUCUUUGUUUUCUCAGUAAAUUUAGUGUAAAACAUU